UUCGGACAAAUUUAUGUAAUGCCUGAUACUUUCAGAUGUCCGGUCCCAGAUACGUGUGGCGUAUCGCGUUUCAGAAUUUCAUCGACUCGUUUAGACCUAGACAAAUACGCGGGAAUGAUAUAGGAAAGGACUAUAUAGGCAAUAAGUACUAUGAAAUUCCAGCGGACCCAAGUGUGGGUAAGAGGAAACCAAAAAGAUGGUAUUUUCCACCAAAGGGUAGGGAUUUUCAAGAUCCUAUACCUGCAGAAUGGCAGGCAUGGCUUCGUAAGACAAGGGAUACUCCUCCUACUGAGGAAGAAAUAGCAAAAAACCUAGCUAUAGCCAAAACCAAGGAGAUCAAUGCAGCCAAGAUAGAAGAAAAGAGAUUACUGCAUGGAGGAUCUGUUCCAGCAGUGCCAGAAAAAGGAAAAGGAUCGUUUCCGGCAUACCCAGAUUUGCCUUCAGGAGACCCUGAAAGAUUCCUUUAUGAUGAUAAAAAAGAUGAUUUGAACAAAUAAAUUAAAUAUUUGCUUUGACAUCGUAUCUCGAAACCACGACACUGGAAGUAAUGGCUAUGUCGAUGUAUAGUCAAAUGCAUUAAAAUAUGUAUACUCUCAGAGAAAUUACAAUUUAAAAAUAUGUAAAACAGUUCAAACUUUAAUUAUUCUUGAAUGUUUGUUAUGAAAAUGGAAUUGUAAUUUUGCUUCAUAUUUAUGCUCUCCUCUGUGUAGUGUUACCAUCUUAGUUGUGAUUAGUAAAAAGGAACUAACACUAUUUAUUAGAAAUGAAAGUUUUUUUUCAGAUCUAACUCGCAUAUUUUUUUUUUGUUUGAUCAUCUUUAUAGGUCUGACUAUGUCGGAUAGCCGUGACCAUGGGAAUGGAAUAAAUAUGUGCUAGUUAUUUUUGAUGUUAAAUACUCUGACCAACCACACAGAGGCUGUAGCGGGAGCGUUCCAGGCCCGGGAAUGCAAUUAUUAAUAAAAUUUAAUGUAAUUAUAUCUUAAGCACCCUGCCACAUUGAAAACGAGUGGCGGGGCGGCGCGGUCCGGGGUCGAAUCUUAUGACAAACAGGCGCGGAAGUUUGUAUUCCACUGAGUUACCUUCUAAAUAGAGCGGCAGCGGCAGGUCGAGGUCCGAGAGCGGGGCUUUACCGGGAUUGCACGUCGUAUUUUUUUAACUCUUGAGUGUGUUAUAUUUCAAUAUGAAUGCGACCGAAAUUUCUUUUGCGUUGAUUCCGUAACGCUAAACCGACAGUCCCAUAUCUUUCUACUAAGUUUUGUUUAUAGUGCCCCUCCCUAUCAACCUGUUGGUUAUGCGGGAGGGCACUAUGAUCUGUGCGAGCGAACCCGCACAGGGACCAUCUAAGUCAGGUCCUAACCCCGGAUCAGCCUGUUUGCACGGACUUUAUCCGGUUCUUUAUUAGGCUAUUGGCUUAGGUGAUCACUAUCCGAAAGUGAUAUGGCGCUUUCUUUAAAAUCUGUAGAAAAUGAGGCGUGGCUGCUGUCACACCGACCGCCUUCGCGCUGCUAUCCCGCUGCGGACUCCCCGCUGAGUGGUCUAAGCUUUAGAUUAGUUAAUUUUAGAAGUUUGCCUAGUGUUUGAUAAUGGCAUAUAUAAAAGAAAAAAAAAAUAAACACGACAUUAUGCAUUAUAUGAUGAUGCACCUUGACCAUUGAGUGUUUGCUAUUUGUUCACAAUUUUUGUUGUGUAGUUAUUUAGAUCUUUGGAUGAAAUCCAAUAAAUAUUUUAAGUAGCAUGUAUUGGAAUUUCAUGUACUUAGUCAUAUUUAG